UGACUAAUCUACUAACAGUAAUCUACUAACUGUAAUUGAUGCGAACACGAGCAUAAUAAAAUUCUCAACAUUGACAACAUUUACCUCGAUUUUGAAAAAACCUUUAAAAAGAUUUCACAAAAAUGGCUUUCAUUCUAAACUUGUAUCUUAUGGCAUUAAUGAACCAGUUCUACUUGGAAAAAAAAACUUUCUAGAAAACCGUAGAUAAAGAGUUGUUUAAAUGGUAUUUACUCAAAGUGGGUAACAACUAAAAGUGGAGUUCCCCAAGGUAUGUUCUUAGAAAUUGCUUUUGGAGUAACAGCUCCUCUGCUUUUGUAUGUCAUUGCAACUUAUCUAGAUCAUUUGUUUAAAUGCAGAUUUUACCCGCCAGGCCCUUUUCCUUUACCGAUUAUUGGGAACUUACAUUUGAUUGGAAAAAAACCACAUGAAAAGUUUGUAGAAUAUUCAAAAAAGUAUGGAGAAGUAUUCAGUCUAAGUUUUGGAAUGCAUCGUGUUGUUAUUGUUUCAGGAAAAGAUUCUAUUAGAGAGGUUUUGGUUCAAAAAUCAAACAUUUUUGCAGGGCGUCCUAAAAACUACAUUGCUAAUAUUGUAUCUCGUGGUUAUAAAAAUAUUGGCUACGGAGAUAUUGGACCUAAAUGGAAAAUUUUGAGGAAAAUUGCUCACUCUUCUUUAAAAAACUAUGGAGAGUCAACUAAACAUUUGGAAACGCUUGUCGUAAAAGAAAGCGAAGAGCUACACAAAAGACUUUUUAAAAAUUGUAACAGAUCCACAGAGCUAGAAGAUGAGUUUGGUGUUGCGGUUUUAAAUGUCAUCUGCUUUAUUGUGUUUGCAAAACGCUACGAGAACAAAGAUUCUGAAUUUAAAAAAAUACUUAUGUACAUGAAUUAUGUGUUCAGUGGAGUUGCAAGUACAAAUUUUGCUUCGUUUAUACCGUGGCUGCGUUUUUUUCCGUUAGAUGGACUAAGAAAAUUAAAAAAAGGACUUUCAAUUAGAGAUCCGGUUCUUCGGAAACAGUUGUUAUAUCACAGAGAGACCUACAAUGAAAGUAAUCUGCGUGACUAUACAGACUAUGUCAUACAAUUCUCAAGAGAUGAGGCUAUCUUAAAAAAGUUUGGAGAACAGCUAACUGAUGACUACUUAGAGCUUUUACUUAAUGAUAUAUUUAUAGCUGGAACUGAAACUGCAUUGACAACUUUACUUUGGUCAAUUAUCUACCUUAUUCACUGGCCAAAGUUUCAAGACGAAAUUUACAAUGAAAUUGUUUCUACUAUUGGUAAAGAUAGAUAUCCUUCUAUGAAAGAUCGUAAUAUGCUGCCUCUUGUUAACGCUGCGUUAUCAGAAACAUUGCGGUUAUCUUCUGUUACUCCAUUAGGAGUACCUCACAAAGCUAUGGAAGAUACAACUCUCUUGAAUGAUUUAAAGAUUCCCAAAGGCACCACAAUUUUAACGAACCUUUGGCAAUUACAUCACAAUGAAAACUGUUGGGAAAAUCCACAUGAGUUUAAUCCAUAUAGAUGGUUUACUAAUGAUCAAGCACUUGAUUCUAUAAAAUCUAUGAAUUUUUUACCUUUUUCUGCUGGUACCAGAGUGUGUUUAGGAAAGGGUAUUGCUGAAGUUGAACUUUUUCUUUUUUACUCAAGGCUGGUUCGUGAUUUUAAGUUUGAAGUGAAACCCGGCGAUAGUCUUCCAAGUUUAGAUGGAAAUUAUGGAAUUACACUUACUCCUCGAAUUUUUACAACAUUUGUUGUAGCACGAAACGAUUCGUUGGUUGCACAAAACUAUUCGUUGUAGCGCGAAACGAUUCGUUGUAACACGGAACGAUUCGUUUAUUGCUUCACAUGAAAAUGAACCAUGAAGAUGUCGAAAAUAAUCCAUAUUGUUAAAGUAAAAUCUUUUUCUUUUUAAUUUUUAGAACUGUUUUUUUAAUAUUUAGUCAAUUCGAAUACAAAUAAAAUUGUUGACAUAAGAAAACAAAAAACUAAGAU